CUCUCAUCACCUUGCCUUCGUCGCUGUCGUGCCCUUCCCCGACGUCCCUGAUUGGGUCUGAUUACUUAAUCGUUCUCUUGGCACACCAUCCAACGUCGUCCAUAGCACCAUCACCACCACCCGGGUACGUACAGAUAUCAAGUGCAGGAUUUUCAGUAUAUCGUGUCAGCAGGCGUUCGAAAUUCAAUCGGAGUUAGUCAUUCAAUGUUCAAGAUACUUGCAGUUCAUGUAGUCGUCACUAAGCGCCCCAAAUAGUUUUUCAAGACCGCAUGCCAUCGCCUGUUUCAGCAACGCCACUUCCCGAUAGAACCAUAACCCCGCAGCCAGUCCCAGAAUCUGUAUCCGCCAGCGACGACGAUAAUUCAGGCGGUGUGCCUCUCUCGGCCGACGACCUUGCUUCGAGCAUUCUGGGUAAUCAGGCAAAGCAAAGCCCCGAUUUAUCGCCGUCUUCAACCCCUGGACAAGCUCCCACAAAAGGUAAUACAAAACCCCUGCCUGCCACCAUCAAUCCGAACAACGUACGUCGAGUCCUGUGGAAGACGGGAGCGCCAAGCUCUUCUAACCCGGGCUCCAUGCCCAAACCCCCCGCUUCCUCUGUCAAAUUGCCCCCCACUACUCUCGUGCAGAGCCAGCUCGCAAAGGAGGAGUCCUUCGCGCCCAUUUUGGCCCUCGCCAAGUACCCCUAUAAGUACUGCAGCAGGGACAAUUCUCAAGACGUUGCAUCUGCCUUCUUUGACGCCGGCAAAUUCUGGGCGCGCGAUUGGGACUUAUAUUACGUGUGGGACAUCGAAGAGAGCAAGCCUCUCAUCCUCGUCGGUGAGAGCCAGUUCAGCCACCUUCUGCAAGAGAUCAAUACUGCCCUUGAUUUGUCCCUGAGGAUUACCGACUAUCAACAGGAGGAAGGUCUUGUCGGCCGCUUUCCGGAUCACCCACGCUGCCAACCUCGCUACCUAGGCCGCUCGCAUUCAAGAGAAGAGUACAACAACCUGACUAACAGCGUCCCAAACACCAUGGCUCGCCCGGCAGGAGAAGCCUUGCCACCGUCAAUGGCUGACCGUACCUUGGAAGACUUCAAGGAAAUGAUCGAGGACAUGUGGGAACAGACCAAGGCUAAGAACAAGGCUACGAAGGAAAGGAAGAAAGUAGAGCGGCUUGCUAAGCAGAGGAUGUUUGCCGACCAAUUCAAGCGCGCCCAGCGGUACUUGGGUCUUCGCCAGAUAAGACAGCCAAAUGACGUACCUGGCAUUCCAGCUGCAAUCGAUGUCACUGUACCUGCCCCUUUCCCGUGUGACAAGUCCGUAAUAUUCAUCUGCGUUGAUGUAGAGUCUUACGAGAAGGCUCACCACCUGAUCACCGAGGUUGGCAUUGCCACGCUCGAUACUCGCGACCUUUCCGGAAUUCCUCCUGGAAACGACGGCAAGAACUGGCGGCCCCUCAUACGCGCUCGGCACUUCCGUAUCCAGGAAUACAGCCAUCUGGUCAAUUCUGAAUACGUAAGCGGGUGUCCUGAUCGUUUCGAUUUUGGCAGGUCGGAGUGGGUACGACUCGCGGAUGCCGCAGCAAUGACUGCGGAGUGCUUCAAGGAACCUUUCUGCGGCACGAACUGGGCUGGCACGUCUGAUAUGAAGCUAGAGGAGCGCAACUUGAUCUUUCUUGGACAUGACGCACAAGGCGAUAUCCGAUACCUACAGACUCUCGGCUUCGAUGCGAUGGCCUUACCCAACAUGCUGGAAACCCAGGAUACUGCGACUAUGUACCGAGUCUGGCGUCGGGAGCUAAAUCCUACCAACCUCGGCCGCAUCCUGUACUCAUUCGACAUCCCCGGUUUCAAUCUCCACAACGCUGGCAACGACGCUGUCUUCACAGUCCAGGCUAUGCUCGCAAUCUGUGUGCGCGAGGCGUCCAUCCGUGACUCUCCUGAGCUGAAGACUAUACGUGCUGAGGAGCGACAAGCGAAAGCUAGUGCUCUGAUGGAGGAAGCUAAACUUCGCACUCAAGAUGAGGCCGAAGGCUGGAGUGAAAAUGAGGCUGAUGGCGAUGGUGGGGAGCCAGUCAAAACCAUCUUGCAACCUAAGCAACCUUUUCCGGCUUUCUAUCCACCUCAACCAAACUACCAAGUUGAUGGUACGCAUGAGAUAGGCUCUGGUGGCCGUGGAGCUCGGGGCGGCAGGGGGCGAGGAGGUGGCGAUCGUAUGGGUGGAGGCCAGGUUAGCACCAUACGGAAGGACGGGCACGAUAUCACUGGACAAUUUGCGGAAAUGUCUGUACAGAACAACCGCCGUGCGAAUCAGAAUCGGGGGCAAGGGCAAGGGCGAGGCCGUGGCCGUGGCCGUGGCGGCAACGGCCCGGGUAGCUCUUCGAGUCCUAACUACGGCUUUCAGGAGGCUGAACAGAAGCCGCAAUAUUUUUGGUAAGCAUCCAGCGCAUGCUGCUUGCUAUCAAUUGAUGUUUAUGGACUGAUUCGCGGGAUGCCGGGGUGUGGCUUCCAAGGUUGCCAUGAGCAAUCCUGGCAGGGUAUGUUUAGCUACCAUGGCCAGGAUCCAUGGAAAGGCGGCUUUAUUUAGCUACCUGGACGUGGCAUGGGAGAAGACACUUGAUAAAACAAUGGAAACACUCGAUUGGAAUGGUUUUCUAUUUGGAUAGGUGAUGCUGAUGACGAUGACUCCAUCUCACUAAGCUUCUCUGGUGGUUUGAUUGGCAUUAAUUGUAUUCGCCAUUCACUCUGGUUGUUGAUGGAUAGUUUGCGGCGCAGUGUAGAAGAGAAUAGCAACAGGCAGCCAGGAUGCCCGCACCCCAU